CCUCUCUCUCCCCACGCCGCGCGCGUCACUCCCAAAACUCACAAAGCGCCGACACCCACUUAAAUCCCUUCCCCGCACCACCACUACCACCACCACCACCACCAAGUCACCACCCCCGCCAAAGACACACACACACCCCUUCCCCGAGCAACACCCUAACCCUACCCCUCCGGACCCCCGCUGCGGUCAGAGAGGCUAAGGAUAGGCGCAUGAACUCACUCACUCGCGCUGCUGCAGGUGUAGGGGAAUGAUCGAGACUCGACUCGUUGCGGUGGCAUAGCAGCAGCAGCAGCAUCAGCAUCAUAAAGGAGCCCUUGGUUCCAUUGACAGUACGAGUCCAAUUUGCCCGCGUGGUGCUGCGUGAGGGUUGGGGCGGUGGAGCUGGCGGCGUGAACGCGGUGCCUCUCUCGCUACGGACACGUUCAAGGGGUGCCGGUGCUGCUGUUUGCUGCUGCUGCUGCUGGCUGGUGGUGGUGGUCGGGGCGAGCGUGAGAGAUGAUCGCCGCUGGCACGGGAAUGGAGGAGCGGUUGCUGCUUCGGCUGAGUGGGGGGCCACCCUGGGGAUUCAGACUCAGCGGGGGCCGUGAGGUGCAGAGUCCCCUCGUGGUGUCCAAGAUGCGCAAGCGGAGCGCGGCGUCGCGAGCCGGGAUGUGCGAGCGAGACGAGGUGGUGGCCAUCAACGGCCACCCAUGCGCGGGCCUCACGCACACCCAGGCCAUGAACCUGGUGGAUGCCGGCGGUGGCUCCCUGGACAUCCUUGUGGGCAGAUGCAGGAACCUCGCCGGGGCCGAGGACGGCCACCGUCUGCGUGCGUCCAGCUACCAGGAGCUCACCUCGGCCUCGGACAGCGACGCUUACUUCGGGGAAACGGACAGCGACGCCAACACGGACCCGGGCUGGGCCUCGUCGCACCGCCCGUGGGGCCACCGCCGCAGCCCCCGGUCCUCCCCCACCCAGCAGCAGCAGCAGCAGCAGCCCUCGUUCACCUCGUUCGCCUCCUCGUCCGGCCCCGCGUCCGGCGACACGGGGCUCUACCACGAGGGCGGCGUCGAAGUGUCGGACCUCAGCGAGUACGACUCGACGUCCGAGCUCGUCCACUACCACCACCACCAGCAGCAGCAGCAGCAGCACCUGAAGCGGGCGGUGGUGAACGGAACGUCGGGAUCCGGUGGGCACGUCGCGAACGGAAGCGCCGCCCCGCCGAAGCAGAGCUCCCUGCACAUCGUCCUCAACGGCGGCCAGGAGGGCGAGGCGGGGGACGGCGAGGGUUCGGGGGGACACGGAGGGGGUGACGUCGCCGCCGACGACGACGCCGCCGCCGCGGCAGGGGCCCCGGCGGCGCAGGACGGGCAGGCGGCGCUGGCCUUCACCCUCAACUUGGCCGUGCGAGGGCCAGGCGGCGCCGCCACCAGGGAGGUGGACCCCCUGCGCAACGUGGCCAUCGUGGACGAGGAGGAGCUCAUCGCCACGUACAAGGAGAAGGCGAAGCAAGCGCGACUGAACCGCGGCGAGAGCCUGGUGGAGAAGCAGCAGAAGGAGGUGCGCCGGCGGUGCCAGAACAUCGCGCACUCCCUCGCCUCGCCGGUGCCGCGCGCUCCCAGCGCCGACCCCGGCAGCCCCCGCCCGGACUCGCGCGGCAUCCUCAUGUUCCGCCGGCGCCGGCAGCGCGUCAAGCGCUACACCCUCGUCAGCUACGGCAUGGCGUCGGACGGCGAGGGCGGCGAGCCUCCCGGCGCGUCGGGUGAGGACUACGACGAGGACGAGGACGAGGAGGAGGAAGAGGAGGAGGACGAGGAGUGGGCGCGGACCGAGGGGACGGAGGGACGGCCCAACGCGUGGGACGCCGUCUCGUCCGACUGGGAGAGCGCCGGCGCUGAGGGUCACCACGGCAGGGGCGGUCGCGACAGCCUCCCCGAGCUGGGCAAGGGGAAGGGCGCGCUGCUGUUUGAGCGGAGGAGGCAGCGCGUGGAGGAGCUGUCCAGGGAGGAGCGAGCGGCGGAGAGCCGGCGGGAGAAACCCGGAGGAGCGGGAGGAGCGGGCGAGGUGCAGAAUCCUGGAAAUGAUCUCGGCCACGCGGCGGGCGAUCAAGCGGACGCGCUUCAGGGUGCACCCCCGCACGCCCCCCCCUCGUACAGCCCAGUGCAGCCCCCCCAGUCUCGCACCUUCUCCUCCAGCGUGCAGCUCCCUCCGGCCCCGACCCGGGGUCACGGGGUCAGCGUGACCACGGCGGCGGCCCCCGUGACCAUCGCGUUCAACUACUCCGGCCCCGGGGGGGAGCCGGGGCACGCGGCGCAACCCGCCCAGCAGCAGCAGCUGGGUGAGCAGCAGCAGCAGCAGCAGCAGUACGAGCAGCAGCAGCAGCAGUACCAACAGCAGUACGAACAGCAGCAGUACCAACAGCAGCAGUCGGGCGUGCAAAAUCGGAGCGCGCGGCCGUUCACCCCCGUGGCGGAGGGGCCCGGCAGCCAGCGCCCGGCCUCGGCGCCGUUCAACCGCGUGAGCUUCUCUCCCAAGCCGCCCCAGCAGCAGCACCAUCAGCAGCAGCAGCAGCAGCACCAUCAGCAGCAGCAGCAGCACCAUCAGCAGCUGCAGCCAUCGUUAUCGUCGCCGGGAGCCGUGGCGGUCAACCGCACCGCCCAGGCGUUCGCGGUCUCGGGUCGCGGGGCUCAGGGAGCGGCGGCCGUGGCGGCGAUGCCGGCGAUGGCGGAGGAAGCGCAGAGGACCUUUGCCCAGCCGGUGGCGUCGGCGGCGCCGCAAAGCUCGGCAGGCGCCGGGGCCGAGGUUCUCCCCUCGAGGGAGCAGAGGAUCUCCACGCCGGCGGUGCGCACCGGCGUGCUCCAGCAGGCACAAAGACGCCCUAAGCAGCGCCUCUUCUCCAUCCCGGAGCCCCCCAAGGAGAAGCAGCGGCCAAACCCGGAGCUGCUCUCCCUGGUGCAGGGUCUGGAUGGGCGGCCGGGGUUCGAGUCCGGGCCCGAGGACGACUUCCUGAGCCUCGGGGCCGAGGCGUCCAACUUCCUUCGGUCCGGAUCUGGCGUCGCCAUGGCCACGGCCACCGGCACCGUCGGCGGCGGCGGUGCCGGCGGCGGCGGCGGCGCCAAAGGGAAGACGCCGCCGCCGCCCAUCGCUCCCAAGCCGUCGUCGGGUGGCAGCAAGCCGUCGAGCCCUGUGGAGGAGCCCCAGGAGAGCACCCUGUUUCUCCGCCACACACCCUCGCCCUGCCCCCUGCACACGGCCAGCGAGCCGGGCGUCCCGACCCUGCAGGGUAAAGGCGGGGAGCUGUUUGCGCGUCGCCGCAGCCGCAUGGAGAACUACGUGGUGGACAGCCCUCGGCGGGCUCCCACGCCCUCGUCGCCAUCCUCGCUGCCCCCGUCCUGGCUGCCCACGUCCACGGUGCGCACGCCACCGCCACCCUCCUGGGGCAAGCAGCAGCAGUACAAGCUGGGCGGCGGCGGCACGGGCGGCAAGGGCAAGAAAGCAACCAAGCCCAUGUCGGCCAAGGAGGACUUCGCGUGGAAGCCCCAUGCCGAGGACGCCUUCUCCGCCUACUCGGACCCCCACCCGUGGUCGCCGCUGUCCCCGCGCGGGGCCCUCUCCUCCUCCUCCUCCGCCGCCGCCUCCGGCCUGCCCCCCACGGGGCUCUCCCCGUGGGAGGCGGCGGCGCGCUCCCCGCUCGGCUCCGUGGACGCCGCCUUCCGAGCGACCUCCGCCCCGGCGAUGGUGGCUCGUGCCGUGCUGGCGGCCGCCCGGCGCAAGACCCUCCCGCGGCCGCCCGAGGAGUGGCGCGACCGCGUCACGGGCCACCCCGCGCCGCCGGCGUCGCCCUCGACGGGGGCGCGCCGGUCCGCGGGCACCCUGCCGCGCUCCUUCGGCAGCUCGCGAGCGCCGCGGAUCUUUCAGUUCGGCCCCGAGCAGAGAACGGGAGCGGGGGCAGGGAUCGGAGCGCCGGCCGGAGGACCCGGAGGAGCCGGCGGCUGCGGUGGCGGUGGCCGUCUAGGAACUGGAGGCGCGGCGAGGCGGAGGUCUCUGAGCUCCGCCGCGGAUGGAGAGCGCGGAGGCAUGGCGAGGGUCGAUUUGCACCGGGGCUCGCCGGGCCUCGUGUCCCCCGUGGACGGGAGUCGGGAUCACAACACGAGGCCUAGGGGCUGGCAGGGCCUGAGCCGGUGAAUCGGUCCUCACGGUCGCCGUGGCCACUCGCGGCUUUUUUGUUUCGAGCGAGCUGCCCUCAGAUGUACGCGCUGCCGUUUGUGCGCAAGAGGCUCCACCCUCACUUACCCCUUGAUUCCGGCCAAAAAUUGUCUCCCUGUUUCACCCCCGUGUCUCUGUGUCAAGCUGUCACUGCACCUCUGUUCCCUGUUGUUUAUACGUGUGCCUUCUUCGUCUCUUUGUGUCUGUGUCUCUUGUCUCUCUGUGUGUUUCUCGACGUCUCUGUCGUCGAGAGGAGACAGCAAACCCGUGCAUCCGUGCACACACGCACGCAUAUGCACACACACACAAACAAUCACGGCACAUACAAAGAUGCAACAUCACUGUGGAGACUCUUUGACCAAGUGAUGUUCGCAAGCAUCUAUUAAGGCAGCAUGGACCAUAACGCACAAAAACAACGACCUAUCAUCUUCAUUCAGUGGCAGAUGAAGGUGCUUGUGUCAUCUUAGGUGCGCUUUGAGGCCUCUUGAAGUGCGGUAGGUUGUGUCAUCUUAGGUGCGCUUUGAGGCCUCUUGAAGUGCGGUAGGUUCGCUGGCAUGAGGUGACGGGACUGAUCCUGAUGACUGACAAAUGCGCCACCUUCGUUCACCACCGUGCCAAUUUGUUGCUCAACAGCCUUGCACUCUGCUCAUCGCCGAGUGUCGCUCCUCCAAAUCCCAUUGUUGCUGGACAACUUUCCAGGAGCAUCCUUCGCGAGCCUCAUCCGCGUACAAAGACAAAGAUCCUUCGUGCAGCGUUAACAGAAUGUUGGGGCAAGUGCCGGUUGGCGAGCACCUAUGAA